AUGGGAUCCUUGGUUAAUGUGAAAGAAGCCACAGUCAUUACUCCUUCCGACCAAACACCUUCUUCUGUUCUGUCUCUCUCCGCCUUAGACUCUCAACUUUUCCUCCGGUUCACCAUCGAGUACCUCCUCGUUUACCCACCCGUUUCCGACCCGGUUUCUCUCUCGGAUCGUCUCAAGUCAGCACUCUCUCGCGCCCUAGUCCCUUACUUCCCUUUCUCCGGCCGCGUACGUGAGAGACCCAACGGUGGCGGCGGCAAAAGUCUCGAAGUUAACUGCCGUGGCCAAGGUGCUCUAUUUCUCGAAGCUGUAUCUGACCACCUCACGUGCCUCGACUUUCACAAACCACCACGGCACGUGACUAGCUGGAGAAAGCUUCUCUCCCUCAACGUCAUCGACGUCCUCGCUGGCGCUCCACCUCUCAUCGUCCAGCUCACCUGGCUCAGAGACGGCGGCGCAGCUUUAGCCGUCGGUGUCAACCACUGCGUCUCCGACGGUAUCGGAAGCGCAGAGUUCCUCACCUUGUUCUCCGAGUUAUCCAAAGACUCACUGAGUCAGAACGAUAUAAAACGGAAACACGUGUGGGAUCGCCACUUGCUUAACCCCUCUCCGGUUCGCGACUCGUUAAACCACCCCGAGUUUAACCGGGUUCCCGACCUCUGCGGGUUCGUUAACCGGUUCAACGCCGAGAGACUCGUUCCGACAUCAGUCGUGUUCGAGAAACAAAGACUCACCGAGCUCAAGAAACUCGCGAGUCGACUCGGUGAGUCCACCUCCUUCGAGGUGCUCUCCGCACACGUAUGGAGAAGCUGGGCGAGGUCACUGAACCUACCCUCGAACCAAAGCCUCAAGCUUUUGUUCAGCGUCAACAUUCGAGACCGAGUCAAACCGAGUCUACCCGUUGGAUUCUACGGGAACGCCUUCGUCGUCGGAUGCGCGCAAACCACCGUGAAAGAUCUGACGGAGAAAGGGCUAAGCCACGCGGCGAUGCUCGUGAGACAAGCGAAGGAGCGAGUCGGUGACGAUUACGUCAGAUCGGUGGUGGAAGCUGUUAGCGAGGAGAAAGCUUGUCCUGACUCUGUCGGGGUCUUGAUACUGUCGCAGUGGUCACGUCUCGGUUUAGAAAGGCUUGAUUUUGGGUUUGGUAAACCGGUUCAUGUGGGAUCGGUUUGCUGUGAUCGGUACUGUUUGUUACUUCCGGUUCCUGAGCAGAGUGAUGCCGUUAAAGUGAUGGUCGCUGUUCCGUCGAGUGCCGUUGACUCUUACGAGAAGCUUGUGAUGAGCCCUAACGUUUAA